UGUCAAUAUUCUAUCAGGCAUAGGAUUGGGAAAAACUGUUUUAGUAAUCCUCAAAUUUGAUAGAACAUUUUAAAGACCAUGGACAGAGGGAGUAUGCAGCAGCUGUCCCUGCGUCUGUCCCGGGUGUUGGAGCACAUUGGGGUCAACAGGUACAUACGCACCAGGAGGAGGAGAACAUGGCUGAUGAAGGAGACACUAGAUAGGAUCAGAAAUGAGUUUCAUGGUUACAACAUCACUGAGUAUACCUUUGGUAGCCAGACAGAGGGGACCACCACACUAGGGAUGAAGUCAGAUAUAGACACAUUGAUAUGUAAAAAUGACUGGCCAGUAAUACUUGACUGGAGUGAAUGGAUCCAGGGAAUGGUGAAUCUUCUUGUGGUAAAGAAUGAACAAUCUCCGCCCCAACAUUGCUGGCUUCAGUAUGUGAGACCUGACCUCCCAUUACCAGUGACAGAGGUGAUCACUAGUGACAUGGUGGAUAGUGAGGGCAGAGUGCUGAAAACCAACACUCAAAUUGAGCUUCAAGAAGUCUGGAGACUAAACAGUGAGUCUGGAGAGGUGGUCCAACAUGGUCCGUCAAGAAGCUGGGAUGAAAUGAUUGAUUAUAUAAUUGCAUUUCACUGUACCAGCCUUCCUGAAGAGUGCAAGUUCCUGUUCUGUAGGCCACGCCCUGGUCACUGGCCCAGACCUGACACACUGGCCACGGCAAGGCAGACUGGCGUGUUCCUGGUUCCACAAGGAUACACUGAGGAUCCUUCUAGACCGGUCAAGUGCCAAUCCACAACAUUACAUGUUCCUAUAGAAAACAUGUACUAUCCUCUUUAUAAGCGGGAGUGGAGGUUUUCAACUUCAAUCAUGGAGAGACUUCUUGUAUUUGAUAUGAAUAUAAUACAGCAUAAGGUGUAUGUAUUUCUGAAAAUGCUUAGAAAAUCAAUAAUAAAGCAGGUUGUUGAUGAUCGUUUCAGCACAUUUCACAUAAAGACUGCAAUUCUGUUUACAAUAGAGACAUAUCCACCAAACAUUUGGAGUGAAGACAACCUUGUACAGUGUGUGAUCUACUGCCUGACCACACUUCUCAGAUGGCUGAAGAUCAGGUUGUGUCCACACUACACCAUCUCAGGGGUGAAUCUGUUCACUGGAAAGCUGUUCAAACAUGAACAGUACAAACUGCAUACCAUGAUAACAGAAAUCAUUUACAGCCAUUUCCAGUGCCUAUAUACAAUUGAAAUGGAUAAUCUGGGGAGGAGAAUGUCAUCUGUUAUUUCACCCCAAAAUAUUGGGGUUUAUACAAGGUGCACACUCAAUCAAGUCCAAAUGUAUGGAUUGUACCAAUGGUGGGCAAUACAGGUAAUCAAUGGACAUAAAGUUUUACUUAUCAAUGACAAGAACAACUUAUAUCAAUCUUUGAUAGAACAUUUUGAGACAUUGAAUUUUUUAAAGAACAAUGGAACUGAAAUAGAACAAGAGGCAGCUUCCUUGUGCAUACCAUCAGUGUGUGGAGCCCUUGCCUCCAUCCAAGCUUCCAGGUGUAUCUACCAAGGUCAACCCAUCACACACAACAUUCUCCACCUGUACCAACUGUCCUUUGACUCGGAUCUGCUGUCCAGCAGACUGAAGUUUGCCUCCAUGUUGUACUGCAGUGGGCAGUAUGAGGCAGCAGCAAACUGCCUGACCUUCUGUGAGGGACUGCUGGGGCCUGCAGUGUGGCAAUGUUGUGCCUGUAGUGGAAGACAGGGAACACCACAAGACUAUGAGUUCAGGGAAAAGACUGUAAACACACCAUUCAAGGAUAUGCUACGGAAGUAUACAGCCUUACAUGUUAUUUUCACUAAACAUGAUAUCCAUUGUGUUCCACGACAUCUAAUGUAUGAAAUGUUCAGAACAGUAAGAGAUGAGGACCGGCAACAGAGACAUCCAGCAUUUGAUUACAAAUGGAUGGACAAGAUUGUGAUUGACAAUGUCCCAUUUCUCCACUACCUACAGUACCUAACACACACACAACUAAACCAACCUGAAAGAAAAUUGCGGGCACUGAACAACCUUUAUUUCUACAUAUCUUCAAGACAUCACGGUGGUCAUAAAGACACAGCCUGGAACAUGCUGGGACACUGUUAUGAACUGGAGAACGAGCUGGACCAGGCCUGGUUCUGCUACACCAAGUCACUGCAGCUUUACCCUAGAAACAAUGCAGCCAACUGGCAUGUACUUAGGAUCAUGAAUCAACACUAAAAUGGCUGAGAUCAUAGUAAUCUUUUAUAGUUUGGUGCACAUUUCUGGACAAGACGAUCAUUAUUCCAACUUGACAGUUCAGUGCUUCAUAAAUGGUGUUGUACUAUGAUGAAAAACAGGACGAAAACAGGCUCCUUACUGAAGACAAAAACUGUGCUUAAUUUCACCGAACCAUGGUAAAAAUUUGUUGCUUGCAGAAAAACACUAAACAAGAGCUGUCACAGAGACAGUGCGCUCGACUAUACCAUCGCUUUUCAGUGAAAAGUUUUGGCGAAACAUGCAUGGAUCACUGUUAGAUUAGAUUUUAAUGCAAUUCAUGAUGUGCUGAGAUAUUAACAUAAAUGUGGUUACAUGGAAAAUGUAUUGCAAAAUACAGUUAUAUAUCUUGGUUAUUCAAUUACACUGAGUGGUUGAAUACCAUUCUAUAAAGUCUCAAUGCAAUACAUCGAGUAGUUGCUGAGAAAUUAACCUAUGUGUGCUUACACGCAAAACCUUAACCAGAAUUUCUGUGUCGAAUAAUAAAGGGCAAUUAUUUGCAUUAAAUAAAACUAGAGUUAUCUUACAUGGUUAAUUAAGAAGGUUGGAUAGUUGAGUACCAUUGUAUCGAGUCUCAAUGCAAUACAUCAAGUAGUUGCUUUGAUAUUAAAAUAAUGUGUGCUUGCACACAAAACCUUAACCAGAAUUUCUAAGUCGAAUAAUAAAGGGCAAUUAUUUGCAUUAAAUGCAAACUACAGUUAUCUAACUUCGUUAAUUAAGUAGGUUGGAUGGUUAAGUACCAUUGUAUCAAGUCUCAAUGCAAUACCUCAAGUAAUUGCUGAGAUAUUAACCUAUGUGUGCUUGCACGCAAAACCUUAACCAAGGUGUGACACCAACGCCAACGCUGACGCUUGGAUGAGUAGUAUAGGUCUCCAUAUUCUUUCAAUAGUCGAGCUAAUAAAAGAUGGAGUAAAUAAUCUUCUUCUAUGCUGUACAUUGUUUAAUCG